GCCAGAAAAUCGGACUACUUCCUGCGAUUUCAUUUAAAAUGUUUCGCUGCAUCUUCAGAAUCAAAAAUGUUAGAAAUUUCUGCACUCAACCAUCAGCUCAAUUGAUUGAUUCCCUCGCGACCACAAUCCAGGGCCUUGAUCGGCCCACUUUGAGUCAGCUUUUCACGUCUUCACCGGAGCUUGCACGCUAUAAGGCUAAUCUGUGGCAGCAGACAUACCAUCUGAUGGCUCAGGAAGGUUUCGAAACAGCCCAUUUCCUGUCGAUAGUUGCCGGCUACCCGGAUUUACUGGCUCGUCCUGCGGCUCAACUUACCGCCAGCAUGGACUGCUGGCGCUCGUGCCAAUUCGGUGACCGGCAAAUGCAAGUCCUGCUGGCGGCACACCCUCAGCUGCUUGACUUAACCGACCACAACCAGCUUGCCCAGCGGAUGGCUUUUCUUCACACUCAUUUCGAAACUCGGAAAAACGUUUGGAGACUUUUUAUGAAUAGCCCGAACGUGGUGGUCGACAGCGUUGAUUCGAUUCAGAAGAAAAUAGACUACGUCUUGCAACGGAUGCGCAUAGAAGUGUUGGAAACGGUCAAAUCAUGUGCCUUCUCCGCAGAGCUAGAUCAUAUCCGUUGCCGGCACGUAUUUCUCGAACGUCUGGGAUUGUUUAAACCUAGAAAAUCAGACGCUGAGCCGGGUGAACUUAGCAAUAAUCCCAAAUUGCAUCAAAUAACAGACACCACGGAUAAACGUUUUGCCGUGAAGGUGGCCUUUGUGACACUGGAAGAGUUCGAAGUGUUUCAAGAACUGUUUCGAAAGGAGUUAAACAAGGAUGACGAUGACGGGGACGCCGAAUUUGAUGAUGUGGAGGAUAACGACGAUUACAGCAUACGAAAACUUAGCUACAAGAAGAAAUCUAGAAGAAAACAAUAACUCAUGCCCUGUUGUACUAGAGCGUAAU